UUCUGUGAAAUCGAAGUUCGUAUAUGAAAAACUAUUCAACGAAAUGAAGGUCUUGUUUGUUCUAUUCGUCUUGAUGGCAUCUAUUCUUGCCUUGACCAGUGGAGCUGCUCAAGGAAGAGCCAACGGCUAUGGCAGACAGCAACAUGGACACCAUGGACAUGGUGGCAGCUAUUCCGGUCAUCAUCAGAGCUAUAAGGGCAAUCAUGGUUAUCAUGGAAGCCAUGGAAAUCAUGGUCAUAAGAGCCAUGGUCAUCAUGGACAUCACUAGAUUUAAUACUUGAAACGCCAUCCACAUACAAAACAUAAUAAAAGCAUUUAGAAAAACAAAUAAAAAAAUCUUAAGAUUUCAAACCUAUCAGUUUGAAACAAACAAA